UAUUUAUUUGGCUUGCUUACAUUAACUGGGAAACCGUUAAAAGUGUUAAAAGUUCUUUUCCAUAAUCGUUAUCGUUUUUAUAAUAACUUAUUUACUUUGUUAAGAUUUUGAUUUGUAAAAUGGCCGUCAACGUAUAUUCUACAAAUGUGACAACAGACAACUUGAGUCGCCAUGACAUGUUGGCUUGGGUCAACGAUUGUCUACAAUCACAGUUUGCCAAGAUUGAAGAGCUCUGUACAGGAGCUGCGUACUGCCAGUUCAUGGAUAUGCUGUUCCAAGGAAGUGUUCCACUGAAACGAGUCAAAUUCAGGACAAAUUUGGAACACGAGUAUAUUCAAAACUUCAAAAUCCUUCAAGCAGCAUUUAAGAAAAUGGCAGUGGACAAAGUAAUACCCGUUGAUAAACUUAUAAAAGGAAGAUUUCAGGAUAAUUUUGAGUUCCUUCAGUGGUUUAAGAAGCUGUUUGACGCCAACUACGAUGGCAGGGAGUAUGAUGCUCUAGAGACUAGAGGUGGCAUCCCACUGGGGAGUGGGGGGACCGGAUCUGCCAGGAUUUACUGCCCCCCCUCCACCUCGUGCGCCUGUCAAGGCGAUACACAAAGCGGGCACUGCACCACGCAACAAUGCCCCACCCCCAGUGGCACCUUUCACGCGGUGAAAAAGCCCGUAGUAAAGUCUGAUUUAACAACCCACUCAAAACCUGUUGGGCGAGCUGUGCCCAAACCUCAACAGCCAAACAGAGUGGGAACCGCAACCAGACAACAACCUCACGGUAGAGGAGACAUGGGCAAGAUUGAGGAGCUCAAUCAAAAGAUGGUUGACCUAAGUAUCACUGUAGAAGGAUUGGAAAAGGAACGUGACUUCUACUUUGGCAAACUGCGAGCCAUAGAAGUCCUGUGUCAAGAACAAGAGGGGGAUCUACCUGUAUUAAACAAAAUCCUAGACAUUUUAUACGCGACAGAGGAGGCUGAAGAUGACCCGGAAGUGUCCCCUUCCUCAGGACCACAAAAUAGAACUUUUGAUGCUUGA